AACCCCUUGAUCACCAUGUCGUGGAGUAUCUGCACCAAAGAGGUGAUCCUCUCCUUGAUCGACGAUGUCGAGCUGAUCAGCCUGGAGAUGUUGGAGAACUGUGUGGCCCCUAAACCAAAGAGAAUGUCAGCUUCUGAACAUAGUUCCCUGACCGAGCUACUGGUGGAUAAAGACAAGAAGCUGCAGGCUGCUCUCAAGCUUGCUGCUGAACAGGGAGAAGUAGAGCAGCAGAUUGAUGAGGUGAAGGGUGAGGUUGAGGAGCAGGAUAACCUGAUCAGGAACCUGCAAAAGCAGUUAAAGGAGGCUGAGUCCUUGCUUUCCAAUACCAUCUACCAAGCUAAACAGAAGCUGGAGAGCGUAUCCCAAGCCCAACCUGUUCUUUCCGAGGAUCUUAUCAAGUAUGCUCACAAGAUCUCCGCCAGCAACGCCGUGGCAGCUCCGCCAAAUUGGCAGCAAGGCGAUCCCCGCCGCCCAUACCCAACAGAUAUUGAGAUGCGAGGCGGGUUUCUAGCGAGGGCGGAGCUGCCUCUUUCUCAACAGAUACAACACAUGGCUCCGCCUCCAGCUACUUUCCCUUCUCCAGCUCCGCCCCAACCUUCGCCGGGCAGAGGCGGAUCAUUAUCCUCUCAUUCCCAUUCUCCCGGUCGACCCGCCCACGGACAUUUUGGUUGGAACGCCCAGGGUGAGCUAAGUAUGCAGGUCCCCGGAGGGGGUCAGGUUCACAUAGAUACUGGUAGAGAACGACAGGGAGCAGAGGAGGUUGAAGUGAUGAGUACCGAUAGUUCUAGCUCUAGUUCUACAGAUAGUAACUAGACAGUUCUAGCUCUAGUUCUACAGAUAGUAACUAGACAGUUCUAGCUCUAGUUCUACAGAUAGUAACUAGACAGUUCUAGCUCUAGUUCUACAGAUAGUAACUAGACAGUUCUAGCUCUAGUUCUACAGAUAGUAACUAGAUAGUUCUAGCUUUAGUUAUACAGAUUGUAGCUAGAUAAAGACAGAAAAAAAGGAAAAUAAAAGCGAAAUGUGCUUGAGUGAAACCUUCUAAAUGUGAUACACUAAACAAGCUGGGUGUUAGAAGAGAAUUCUCUGAAGUGAAGUGGGAAAAAUCUCAAAUUGAUGAAAAUUGAAAAAUUUAUUUCAGAAAAA